CCCCGGACCCAAAUACAUUCACCAACAGGGCAUCCGCCGCAUGCCUUUCCCGCAAUGGAUGCGCGCGGCCGGGCCGGGCGUGGUACGGUGCUGGUCCGCACGCGAUCGCCGCAGGUCCGCGGCUGUCUCGUCGUCCCGGGACACCGCACCCUGAUCCCGAUCCCGGCGGCGAUCCACCCGGCCCCACGGCGAGCGAUUACGUGCCAAUGCAGGCUGGCCCGACCCGUCCCGUGAUCUCCGGUUCGCCCACUGACCGAUGGAGCCCGCGCCGCAGCGGCGCGUCGGGGCGCCACGCGGCCCGGCUUGCGCGGAAGCUUCCCCGGCACCGUCGGGUGCGUGGGCGCGGCGAGGCGGCCCCCAUCCAGCGGGGCAGGGCGUUGGAUUCGACGCUUCCUGCCACCUUCGCCUUCGCUUGGCGCCGUCACCACCCGUCCAUCCAUGCCCCAACGGCCAUAGCACGUCCGUACGCCAGCUGCCGACCGCAGCUACCGCGCGCAGCCCUUCGGCCACGUCGUGAGUGGCGGCGCUAGCUGCCCCGUGCCCGGUGCUGCCCCCCGCCGCUAUAAAAGGUUCAAGCUAGCAUCACGGGCUAUCUCAAGCUCCAUUUAAUCCGCCAGCUGGCUCGCUACUCUCUGGCUCUGGACUUCUGACCUUGUUGCGGAGGACCUGUGAGAUCGGCCUCCCACAAUAGCCAUGGGCGUGGACAAGCUCAGCUACGAGAUCUUCUCAUUGCUCGAGAGCAAGUUCCUCUUCGGCGCCGCCAAUGGGUGCCUGUCCUCCGGCCCCGGCACGCCGGCAAAAGCGAUUUUUGACGGUGGACGCGUGCGGGUACUGGCCAUCGACGGCUGCGGCGCGGGCGCCGAGGACGCGCUCCUGGCCGCCGCGGCGCUCGCAAGGCUCGAGGCCAAGCUGCGGGAGCAAGCCGAGGACCCCGACGCGCGCGUGGCCGACUUCUUCGACGUGGCCGCUGGCUCCGCCGCGGGAGGAGUGCUCGCGGUGAUGCUGUUCCUGAGGGGGCCCGACGGGCGGCCGCGGUACUCGGCCCAGGAGGUGCUGGCGUUCGUGGCCGGCAGCGUCGGGAAGAAGGACUGGGGCAGCCGCCGCGGGAGGUGGGCGAAGGUAUUCCGCGGCUCCCGGAAAGGCGACGCCACGUUCCAGCGCGUGUUCGGCGACGCGACGCUCAGGGACACCGUGGCGCCGCUGCUCGUGCCCUGCUACGACCUCGCCACGGCCGCGCCCUUCGUGUUCUCCCGCGCCGACGCCGUCGAGAGCGACACCUUCGACUUCCGCCUCCGCGAUGUCUGCGCCGCCACCUGUGCCUCGGGCGGCGCGGUUGCGUCUGUCAGGUCGGUGGAUGGUCUCACGGCCAUCGCCGCGGCGUCCGGAGGCGCCGCAGCCAUGGGCAACCCGGCCGCCGCCGCCAUCACGCACGUGCUGCACAACAAGCAGGAGUUCCCCUUGGCCACCGGCGUCGAGGACAUCCUCGUCCUCUCAAUCGGCACCGGCGCGUCCGCCAGCGUCUCCUGCGGGUCGAACGCGCCGAUGCCCACACGCACGCCCUCGCCGCGCGAUCUGGCGCGCGUCACCGCCGAGGGCGUCGCCGACAUGGUGGACGAAUCGGUGGCCAUGGCGUUCGGCCCCGCGUGCGGAAGCAACUACGUGCGCAUCCAGGGCGGCAAGGGGCCGGCCCCGCUCCACGCUGAGACGGUGGCCGCUGCCGCGGGAGCGAUGCUGGCGCAGCGGAACGUGGAGUCCGUGCUGUUCCGCGGGCGGAGGCUGUCGGAGCGGACCAACGCCGAGAAGGUCGACGCGCUGGCCGCCGAGCUGGUGAAGGAGCAGGAGCGGCGGAGGCGCAGCCCACUCCCGAACGUGGCCAUCAAGCAGCUCGCCACGCCGCGGCUGUCGUCGGCGACCACCGCGUCGUCAGGCACCACGACGGCGAGGACUGCGUCGUCGAUGCCAUCACCGGCGUCGUGGGAUUCACGCCGGUAGCGAACUACCUAGGCCGCCGCUGUGGCGCGAUGAGGAUCUACCGAUCUAGUGUACAUACUAGGCAUGCCAUUGGGGAACUGACAACGCUUCGACUACGAGAGUGAUGAGUGUUCUUUUGUUGUCCUCGAUAAUGAGCCACUGACAUGCGCGGGCUGCCAGUUUGGAAUUCGGAAAUGAAAUUUUCUUGCGAUAAUCUA